GCUACGAGAACUUAAUACGUCUAAAAGAAGAGUUAAAGUUUUUAUGCAACCAAGAUUUCUUCACUUGGGUUCAUGAAGUUUUGAGGGCACACCACAAUAAAGAUUCCAGAAACAGUAUUAUGUUACUAAACUCUUCAAAGAGAAUGGUGCAUACUCCAUACAGUAAGAAAAUAAUUGCAAACUGUGAUCUAACUUUAAUCAGAUUGUCAGACUGCCUAGCUAGCUAAGUUUAGUUGGUAUAAAAAGUAAAAAGAAACAUCAGAUAUCUUAUAAAAAUAGUUAUUGACAUGAUGGCUUCUAGCUAGCUAUAGAAAGUUACAUAAAAUUUUAUUUUAUUUAUUUAGGUGAAGUUGUUGUACUAAAAAAGAAAAGACAGUCAUCAAGUAGCUCGUCUAAAGAUUCAUCGACUUCUUUUACUUCACCUCUCUCAUGCUUACUUUCGCCAACAUAUGAUAGCAGCAGUUACACAAAGUCUUCAAUAACUGGUCCUAAUGAUACACCACGUGUUGUUAUUGUUAGCUCAAAAAAGGCUAAAACUGAAAUGGAGAUUGAAUGUACUAAAAAAGAUUCAAAUUUCCCAUCGAUGGAAAUAUUAAAGCCUUUAAACCAAUCAACACCACAUUUAGAACCAAAGCAUUCUAUCUGUUUUAAAAGAUCUGCAAAGCCAACUAAAAUAAAUUUUAAUGAUGACCAAGAUAUUGGAAAUGAUACAAGCCACGAUGAUGUUUCAGCCUUGGAUGUGACAUUGGAUGAUGUUGAAGAAUUAAUUGCCCAAGAAACAGAAGGGCAGGAAGACAUUGGCGAUGAUGAAAUUGAAUAUCCUGACUUGGCAUCAGAUCCAUAUAUUAGGUGUAAUUAUGGAAGUUUGGAUGACGAAUUUUAAAAAAUUGACGAUCCUAAAUGCAUUGCAUCAACUAGACAGUUAGAAUACUUGUUAGGGGAUACCUGUCAUGAAAAAGACUGUAAUGCACAAAUUGUUAACAUAGAGAGCUUUUAUAUAGGUAUGAACAGAUCCUCUCUAUAUAUAAUAUAUGUUUUAUUGCUAAAUAAAUAGCAAACUUAACAUAUUCACAUUAUGUUCAGGAUAUACUAUCAAGUUAACUUGGAAAUGUCUAAAAGGUCACAAAGACUUUUGGUAUUGUUGCUCACACUGUGAAG